AUGCAAGACCUCUUUUGGGUGAAUCUCUCUCAACCGAUCACGCUCACAGCAACUCACCAACAAUGCGGCCCGAUUGUCACAGAAUCCACUACUCGAAUUCAAGAAUGCUUGACUCGUUUAACAACCUUGCUUGAAGAACGCUCAUUAGCACUCUUGAAAUGCGCCCAGUUUGACACAGCCUUACGCGAUGCUGAAGCGAUUUUGAAGCUCGACCCAACUCGUGCACUCGGCUACCUUUUGAAGGGACGAAUAUAUGCGUCUCAAGGGCGACAAAGGCGCGCCAUAUGGCAGUAUGACAAAGGUCUCAAUGUGGAUGAUGGAAAUCGGGAGCUAUGGCAACGGGUGGCGGAAGCGGAGACAUGGAACAAUAAGCGUGUCGAUUUCGUCAGCCGGUUGCCCCUGGAGAUCGUAUCCACCAACCUGGUUCCAUUGUUAAUGGGGGAUGAUGAUGCAACAUGGCAUGUGAAGAGACCUUGUCAUUAUCUACAUGUGUCGAAAACGUGGCGUAGGCGCUUCAUGCUUGGAAAUUUACAGUAUCGCGUUGAUGACACCAAAGAACCACACUACCCACGCCAGCUGAUGCAGUUAUCUCACCACGUGCAUUCAUUACAAAUCGACAAUUAUGGCAUGCAUCCAGACUUUGCGUUUUUAUCAAAUGAAGGCCACCUGCGUAAGAUCAGCGUCAAUGGGAUCUCCUCGGUCAACGAUACACAAUUCCUGGCAUGUUUGAUAGGCGUUCGUGAUUCCUUGAAAUAUCUAAAGAUUGAGUUGAGAGCAAGCUCAUGGUUGAAUAUGUACGACGUUUUACAAGUAUGUCCUGAUCUUGAACAUUUGACGCUUUGUGGUGCAUCGUGGGACAAAGACGAGCCGAUUUCAGCAUCCUAUCCCAGCCAACAGCAAUUCUUACGCCCUGCCCUUACGACCCUGGAAUUACGUAAUCUGCAGAUCCCCAUCACACAUGGUCAUGCUCUUUUACUCCUGGAACACUUCCCUUCGUUACGAUCGCUUGUAUUAUGUCCAUGCCAUGACUCUUCAUUUCUUCCUAUGGUUCAUUCGUAUUGUCCUUUUUUGCAACAUUUGGAAAUCAGCACAUUCCAAUACACAAGCACAUUCGCUUCCCAUGACAUGCGACGUUGUAUCGACGUGAAAAGUGAACAGCAAGACUGUCUACGAUCAUUGUACGUGCAGGAUGAAGAUGGGGAUCAAUUUGAUAUUGAACAUGUGAGGACAUUGAUGAUCAACAAUUGUGAAACGCUGGAAACGAUGAUGCUUUCGGUUGGUACGCAACAAGACGACUCGAUACCACCACCAGCCUUGCAAUUCCCACGCCUAAAGCGAUUGUAUUAUCAUCCCCUUGGCGAUGCAAUCCUACGUUGUUUUGGAUGGUGGGUGCUAUCUCACGCACCUGCAUUGGAAUCUUUGGAUAUCUAUUAUGACGCGCUCGAAACAUGCUCUUUACUGCUGGGUGCCUUUCGUGGUAUGCAACAAGUGAAAUCCCUUACGCUACGUACACAUGCAGGUGGUAUGGAGCAUUGGAUCCCUUGGAGAGACAUGAGUGCACAUGUCCAGCAGUUGAAUGUUGUCGUCCCACCCGUCAUCCUAAAGGCACCGGUAUUAUUGCAUGGAUUAGGCCAAUUGAAGCAUCUUACGGACUUGUCGCUUGGGAAGCGUAAUCAUGUUGUUGACGCUGGUGAUUUCUUGAAUUUGGCAACCCACUUGGUGACGAAUUGCCCUGAUCUACAUGCACUCGAUAUCAAAUUCAGCACCUCUGCCUUGUAUAAAGGAGUCAUUUUAUUCAGCACAUUUGAACAUCUGGAACGCCUUUCCUUACGCGCUGAUAAUCUUUCCAUCACGGGGAUCUUGUACUUUGGAGAAUACCAAAAGCUAAAGCAUCUCACUCUCUAUAACACAAGCCCAUCCAUGGAGGAUACAUUGAAUGAUUUGCAAGACUGUAGCCCAAAUUUGACCCUGUCACGUGCUUCUCUUUAA